AUGGAUGAGCCUCUACCUUUUGCCUCCAACACAGAUGGGAGUUGCAGUGCGAAUGUGAUCUCUUCUAAUCCCAACCCGACACCUGCCGCCCCACAUGGGGGUCAACAGGAAGUGCUGGAGGACGCAUCUGAACUCAUAUUCCCAGACGAGUUCAAGGACGCACAGACGCUGUUGAUAGCGGAAGUGCACAGUCUGCUGCAGUAUGCGAAGGAUCAGAACAACCAACAUGAGGAUGAGUUCCACAUGCCCAACGAGGUCUUUGAGAAGACCAUGAAGUACACGGAGAAGUUUGCCAGGUUCAAGAAAAACGAGACAAUCACAGCAGUGCGCAAUCACCUGAUGACGAAAAAGUUGCACCAGUACGAGAUAGCAGCACUGGCUAACUUGUGUCCGGACUCAGCCGAGGAGGCCUGCGCUCUCAUUCCCAGUUUGGAGACCAGAUUCGAAGAGCGAGAGCUGGAAGCUAUACUCACCCAUAUCCAGAGCCUCAUUUCCUACGAUAAAUAA